AUGUGCGAAGUUUAUGAAGUUGACCUGCGCUGUUGCUGGUGUCCGAAAAAUCUUUCAGGUGGUAGUUCCAAUGCAACUCCUGGUAGGCGCCUGAAGAGCGAGUUUGAAGGCUCAUCUAAGGAUGAGGAGCCUAGCAUCGAUGUGCUAAUUGCGAAUGCGGUUCCGCACAAGUACUUUCCGGCAGUGAUUGUCCAGUGUCUGCAAGCAAAUGGCCCGGUUCUUGUCUACAAUCUUCCAAAUACGGAUUGCUGCUAUACAUUUUGCCAUGCAUAUGAGAAAGGACUCUUCGACGUGUACAUAUGCAAGGGAUGUUAUAUAGAUGAUAAUAAGGAAGUUUCAGUGCUCGUUUAUGAAGGUUAUUUCCAAUGGGAUCCAGCUACGUUGCCACACAACUGCUCACCAAAAGAGUUUGCAAUAGAGAUUUCACUAUACACACACAGACAUCUGAGGCUGCCACAAGCGCAGCUUACGGUUCUUAGUCCAAACGAAGUGCAAGCCGAGCAAAGUACCCCAAAAAGAAAGCCAGUCCAGAGAGGAAUGCGGGUGACACUUGAGGACAAGGACGAUAAUGAAAGGUUGGUAAAUGUGAUUAACAAAUUUUCGGCAGAUCGUUGUUUGCUGCUUAAAACAGUAUACAUCGCUCUUGAGCCGCUUUGA